UGUUUGGAUUUCAUAAAAUCACAUUGAAAGUUUCGAGUGGGAAAAAAUAAUUAUUAUCAGUGAAGUGCAGAGUGACAAGGACGGGAGUGAGGGAGAAAGGGGAGGGGAAUUGACAUUAAAGCAACACAACAAGGAAACUAGACUGCAGAUAGACGCCUUCAUUUUAUGUUUUUGAAUAAUAGCUAGCAAGCUAACUGUCUGGGCUGGAAACUCCAACUCCGUGCGGCGCUCGCAGCUGAUCGCCGAAAAGCCGCCCUGCCGGACCGGAACCGCACCGAACCACGGAGGUUUACGGCGAAAUGGGUUCAGAGCCACCUUCAUCCCCACCAGUGGUGGAGGAGGGAGGUGAGGAUGAAGAAGAAGAGCUGAGUGGGGCAGAGGAGGUGGACUCGAGGGUGGCCCCGGGUCGUGGAUCCCUGCUGACGCGGCGAGGUAUCACCCUGCGCGUGCUGCUGAAAGACGGCCUGGUAGAACCUGGGGACGGUGUGCUGUCCAUACACUACCUGGGAAAGAAGUUUGUGGGGGAUCUGCUCUGCGACGGAAAGAUCCGCUGGGUGGAAACGGGACAGAUCUUCAACUCGCCCAGUGCCUGGGCCACGCACUGCAAACGGCUGGUCAACCCCGCCAAGAAGUCGGGCUGCGGCUGGGCAUCCGUGCGCUACAGAGGCCAGAAGCUGGUGCAGUACAAGACAAGCUGGCUGCACAAGUAUCAGCCCAGUGGAGAGGUGAGUCUGGCGAGUGAAGGCGAUGAUGAAGAGAUGGGAGAAGAGGAAGAGGAAGAUGGCAAGACAUCGGAGCAGGUGGAGGAGAAGAACCGAAAGGGCAAGCUGGACCAGCAGGAGAUCAGUCUAUUACAGCGCAGGGGGGAUAGAGAGAGGCUGCCAGUUCGAUACUGCACACUGGGAACUCGGGACUCUGCAAGGGACCCUCACACUCUGGUUGAACUCUCUGCAUUCUCUGCCAUCAACCGGUUCCAACCCUUUAACGUUGCCGUGUCGAGCAACGUGCUGCUGCUGAUGGACUUCCACUGUCACCUGACCACUAGCGAGGUGGUGGGCUACCUCGGAGGGCGCUGGGACACCAACACACAGCUGUUGACAGUCCUUAGGGCAUUUCCAUGUCGCACCCGGCUGGCAGACCGAGAUUCUGCACCUGCCGUUGAAGAAGAGAUCUGCCAGAACCUGUUUAUGCGGGGGCUGUCGCUGGUGGGCUGGUACCACAGCCACCCGCGGGGCCCGGCCCUGCCAUCGCUGCAGGACAUCGACUCCCAGAUGGACCAUCAGCUUCGCCUGCAGGGCAGCAACAACGGCUUCCAGCCCUGCCUUGGGGUCAUCUGUGGUCCAUAUUACCAUGGCAACCAGGGUGUAGCAUCCACCAUAACGCCUUUUUGGGUGGUGCCUCCACCGGAGCAACGACCCAACGACUACGGCAUACCUGUUGCGGUCGAGGUGACCUACGUUCAAGACAACUUCCUGACCAGCGACGUUUUAAACGAGAUGAUGCUGCUGGUGGAGUUUUACAGAGGAGCCCCUGAUCUCGUGCAGUUCAUUCAGAUGUGGAGCCCGGAUAUAACAAUGCUGGACAAAAUAAAGGUAUGGUUUUUAAUACUCAUAACAAUACUACUCAGAAGAGCACUGCUCAUAGUACUCAUAACAAUACUACUCAGAAGAGCACUGCUCAUAGUACUCAUAACAAUACUACUCAGAAGAGCACUGCUCAUAGUACUCAUAACAAUACUACUCAGAAGAGCACUGCUCAUAGUACUCAUAACAAUACUACUCAGAAGAGCACUGCUCAUAGUACUCAUAACA